GUCAGAGUUUUCAAUUAAAAUAGAUGAAUGUAUUUGUUCUACGAAAUUACGUCCCUAUCUCAACCGUAAACAUAAAUCUUUCUCCUGUAAACCUGAUGAGACUAUCAACAAUUUAUCCCCUGACCUCCAACAAUCAAUUAAAGCAAAAUGUCAGUCGAUGACUUUCAAAAACAUAAAACGCAUGUUUUUUGACACAUUAUUGUUUAAACAAAAUGGCAAUAAAAAUAUAGAAAAAAAUGAUGAAAAUAACACUAGAAAUGGAAAAAAUACAUCGAAUUCCCAAGAAAUUAAAAAUGAUGGCAAAAAUAGUACAGGAACUAGAGAACCUAGAAUAGAACCUCCUUCAAAUUUAAAUGAGAACAAGACGAUUGAACCAGCCAAUAUAAAUAAUACGGACAAUAAACAUGCGCCUUCUUUAGUCCCUUCGAACGUAAACAAAACUGAUGGAAAUAACACAACAAAUGGAAAAAAUACAUCAAAUUCCCAAGGAAUUAACAAUGAUGGCAAAAAUAGUACAGGAACUAAAGAACCAAGAAUAGAACCUACUUCAAAUUUAAAUGAGAACAAAACGAUUGAACCAGCCAAUAUAAAUAAUACGGACAAUAAACAUGCGUCUUCUUUAGUCCCUUCGAACGUAAACAAAACUGAUAACACAACAAAUGGAAAAAAUACAUCAAAUUCCCAAGGAAUUAAAAAUGAUGACAAAAAUAGUACAGGAACCAGAGAACCUAGAAUAGAACCUCCUUCAAAUUUAAAUAAGAACAAAAUGAUUGAACCAGCCAAUAUAAAUAAUACGGACAAUAAACAUGCGUCUUCUUUAGUUCCUUCGAACGUAAACAAAACUGAUAACACAACAAAUGGAAACAAUACAUCAAAUUCCCAAGGAAUUAAAAAUGAUGACAAAAAUAGUACAGGAACCAGAGAACCUAGAAUAGAACCUCCUUCAAAUUUAAAUGAGAACAAAACGAAUGAACCAGCCAAUAUAAAUAAUACGGACAAUAAACAUGCGCCUUCUUUAGUUCCUUCGAACGUAAACAAAACUGAUGGAAAUAACACAACAAAUGGAAAAAAUAUAUCAAAUUCCCAAGGAAUUAACAAUGAUGGCAAAAAUAGUACAGGAACUAGAGAACCUAGAAUAGAACUUCCUUCAUCAUCAAAUUUGAAGCCGAAGGAUUCGAUUAAAGAUAAGUCUCAUGUAAACAGAACCGAUACAUCUCAAACUGAAGUCAGUUCAUUGUUAGAGAAACCAGUAAAUUCAGAAGCAUUCAAGUACGAAUCUUCUCCUACGUUUUACAAAAAGAACAAAACCAUACUUAUUGACGUAUCGGUGUUAGAAGAAAUUGCGCAACUAGCAGAACACAUUUGCGAUUGCUCUACCAAGCCCAUUUUAAAAGAUAUUGACAAUGUGAGUUGCACCGCCUCUUCACCAUUCACAACUUUGGGAUCAUCGAUGAUGGGUGACAUUGAUGCGCUUUGCGAAUACUUAAAUGAAAUGAUUGCCUUAUUAAAUUUAGAAAAAAAUAAAGCUUCAGAAGGAAAUGAAGACUUUUCUAGUGACAUGGAUAGUUCAGGAAUCAGAGAGAGAAUGGUAGAACAUUCUGGAGGUGCAAAUAACCUGAAUGUACCACAAAUCGAAGCAACAGCUGCUCCAGGUGCAAAUAACUUUAGUGUGUCACAACCCACGACGACAGUUGCUCCAAGUGCAAACAAUCAUAGUGCGUCACAACCCACGACGACAGCUGCUCCAGGUGCAAAAAAUCAUAGUGAGUCACAACCCACGACGACAGUUGCUCCAGGUGCAAAUAAUCAUAGUGCGUCACAACCUACGACGACAGCUGCUCCAGGUGCAAAUAAUCAUAGUGCGUCACAACCUACGACGACAGCUGCUCCAGGUGCAAAUAAUCAUAGUGCGUCACAACCUACGACGACAGCUGCUCCAGGUGCAAAUAAUCAUAGUGCGUCACAACCUACGACGACAGCUGCUCCAGGUGCAAAUAAUCAUAGUGCGUCACAACCUACGACGACAGCUGCUCCAGGUGCAAAUAAUCAUAGUGCGUCACAACCUACGACGACAGCUGCUCCAGGUGCAAAUAAUCAUAGUGCGUCACAACCUACGACGACAGCUGCUCCAGGUGCAAAUAAUCAUAGUGCGUCACAACCUACGACGACAGCUGCUCCAGGUGCAAAUAAUCAUAGUGCGUCACAACCUACGACGACAGCUGCUCCAGGUGCAAAUAAUCAUAGUGCGUCACAACCUACGACGACAGCUGCUCCAGGUGCAAAUAAUCAUAGUGCGUCACAACCUACGACGACAGCUGCUCCAGGUGCAAAUAAUCAUAGUGCGUCACAACCCACGACGACAGCUGCUCCAGGUGCAAAUAAUCAUAGUGCGUCACAACCCACGACGACAGUUGCUCCAGGUGCAAACAAUCAUAGUGUGUCACAACCCACGACGACAGCUGCUCCAGGUGCAAAUAAUCAUAGUGUAUUACAACCCACGACGACAGUUGCUCCAGGUGCAAACAAUCAUAGUGUGUCACAACCCACGACGACAGCUGCUCCAGAACCAUUAUCAAACGGAACAGAAACAUCUGGACUAGGACCAUUAGCCAAAGAACCUGAAAAAUAUAGUAUGGCAACGAUUUUGGGGCUCGGAAUUUGUGGGUUUGCUUGUGGCAUCCUGCUCGCCAUAGCUAUUACCAUGACAUACAUGCGAUACAGAAGAAGAGUGUACGUGACGUAUCGACCGUGAAUGAAGACAAGAUGAUCAUGGCCCAGAACUUAUACUAGACAGCAUAAUUUCUUUAAGUUUAUUUUGUAAGUU